CUUUCUGCCCCCACUUACGCCAGUCUCUCUCGCCUUCUCUUUCCUCUUAUUCCAACCCCGCUUCGCCCUUCGCGCCAACAUCGAUUUUUUCCCCCCCCAAUUCUUCUUUACACAUGGCGAGAAUUGUGCUUCUUGAUUCUUCGUUCAUGGUUUACCAGGAGUAUCCCGCUCCAUGGUCGUAGAAUCCAACCAGUCGGAUAUGGCCGAGGUGCCAGCGAAGACCAGCCUUCCCCGGAAAAGCGCCUUCUCAUGCGAGGCCUGUCGCAAGCGAAAGGUGAAAUGUAAUGGAGCUAGCCCAUCAUGUUCACGAUGUGCAACACGCGGGGAAGUCUGCGUCUAUAGCCUUGCCCCUACGCUGUCGUAUACAAAGCAACUAGAGGCGCGAGUGGCGCAGCUGGAGGAUGCGCUUACGAAGCUGCGCAGCCAGCAACCCCCGGAGCCCGUGGGACUGAAAGGGACGUCCCCUGCUUCCGCAGCCGGCUCUAGUGCAAGCCCAGGGUUUCGUACUCGUAUCAAAGAGGAGGAAGAUGAUGAUCAGAAUCUCACAAGGGACUUCGAGGGUCUCAAGGUCGAGCAUGAUGGACGGAUAUCAUUUCACGGUCCAACCAGCCUAUUCCAGCUUCCAAGUGGUGUUGUCAGUGAGGCUGCCUCAAUAUCUCAUUUGGCUAUGCAUCUGGAAGGUCGCAAGGAAAGGCUGGUCAACAAUGCAUGGCGGGAACGUGCUUAUGAGCAGAUGGCGACUAUGCCGGAGCCGUUCCAAUACCUCCUCGACUCUCAUUGGUGUUGGAUCCAACCCCUUUUCAACUUCGUCUAUCGCCCUGCUUUCACUCGUGACAUGAAAAUCAACGGCCCGUAUUUCUCCGAAGCUCUUCUUAAUGCCGUGCUUUCCCAUUCUGUGAGAUGGUGCAAAGCUGAACCGAAGAUUGGACCGAUUCUUGAAUCCUUCGAGGGCGGUGCACAAUUCUCGCAUCGUGCCGUAACGGGUCUUUACGACUCCCUGAAAGCAGGCUAUAUUGGCAUUCCUACAAUCCAGACCCUGCUUAUCCUCAGCGCUCAGGAAUGUGGGCGAGGCAAUCGUACCCAGGCAUGGCUUUAUAGUGGGAUGGCCUUUCGGAUGUUAGAUGAUUUGGGGAUCUCAAUCGACAGUCGCAAGUAUCCGGACAGUGCUCACUUGAGUGAUGAAGACAUCGAGAUCAGAAACCGUCUUUUUUGGAGCUGCUAUUUCUGGGACAAACUGAUUUGUUUAUACUUCGGGCGAUCCCCGACCAUGCAACAAUCUCGCGUCAGCCCUCCGAGAACGAUCCUGGAUGAUACAGCGGAGGUUGAAAUCUGGACACCUCACGGUGUCGAGUUCCCUGAUGGCACCCACUAUCCGCCCACCCAAGCCCAUUCCACUUCAUGUUUCAUGAAGAUGUGUGGCUUGGCUGAGAUUCUCAACCAGAUCCUUAUCCAUAUUUAUGAUCCCAAUCGGCAAGUAUCGGAAGCGGAAUUCUACGAUUGCAUCCAAGAACAGGCCGAGAACCUAGCGGACUGGUGGGACGGGCUGCCUCAUUUCCUAAAGCUGCAGGCUGCAAGCCUCCCACCAUACUCCCCACCUAGCCACAUCGUGACACUUAACUGCCUGUACCAUACCAUUAAUAUCCUCCUGCACCGUCCGGUUCUAUGCUCCAAGACAAAUAGAUCCUACGACAAGAGCCACCUUGUGCAAUGCAUGACGUCCGCAACGGCCAUUCUAGCACUCUUCGACCUAUAUCGCCGCACAUUCGGCGAUGUACACGUGGUGCUCUCCCUCGCCUACAGUGUAUACACCGCCGCAUCUAUAUAUCUGCUGGAGAUUCAAGCCCUGAAGUAUGCCGCUCAGGGCACCCUUGACAAGCUCAAGUUCUGCAUCUACGCAUUGGAGCGAGUCAAGGGCUCAAGUCCCGUCAUGACCACGGCGCUGAGCCUCAUCUACCAAGAGCUCCAGAAGCUCCAGAUCGACGUCCACAUCGUCCUACCACCCCUGACCCAACAACCGCUGCCCGAACCAUCCCAACAUCUAACUCAACCUCAGUCCCAACCACACUCCCGCCCACAUACCUCCCACAGCUCCUCCGUCCCCGCAUCUCUCUCCAAUACCCCAAGCCGCCUGUCGCCCGCACAACCUCAGUCCCAACACUCCAACCACCCCAUGACCUCCAACCCCAUCCAUCCGGGAGGCGCAGGCACAUUACCAGCAGCAAUACCAGCGGCGCCGAUUCUUCCUCCCUUCACCUACCACCAGCAGCCGGUCGCCGACUUUGAGCUCUCCCAAUCCAACGUCUCGCAGAUGGCGAACACGCACAUGCUCGGCGGGAUGCCCAACGCGGUCAUGACGCUGGAUAACCCCGGGUCUUAUGAGAUUACACCCGAGGUCUUCGAGGCGUUCUCGUAUGCGGAGCCGAUGACGACGAACAUGACCCCAGCGGUGGAUUACGGGUGGAAUAGACAAUAAUAUGUACGAUCUUGAAAAGGGAUAUAUGGCUGCAUAUAUAAAGGCGGCAGAUGUCAUUCAUUUCUAGCUAUACUAGAGAUAGUCUCUCUAGUGUGAAGACAAUUAUAAUUGAGGGCUAAAACAAGGUGCUCAUAGAUAUUACUCUC